AUGCCCGGUGUCCUGCUCAGCCAGUUCCCAGAUGAGAUCCUGCAUAGCAUCCUCACCUACACGCCGCCGUCCGCCGCCAUCGCCCUCGAACAGACCUCCAAGCGCUUCUCACACAUCACCAAUGCUCCCUUGCUAUGGGCCGGCUACUGCAAAGCCUCGUUUCGUUUCUGGGAUAAGCGUCAUGAUAUCGCCGACAAGUUUUCCAAGCCUGCAAAGAGUGUGGAUUGGAAACAAUUGUACAAGCUGAGGCAUCAGGUCGACCGAUCGACGACGGAAAUACUGGACGGCAUCCUCGCCAGCCAGACGGGACGCAUAGAGAAGAUUCAUCGCAUUGUCAGCUUUGGCUACGAUGCUAAGGAUACGCUCGUCAGACAUGCUGAUGCUCCUCAGGAUCUUGAAGAUUACUUGGCCAGGAGAUACUACAGCAAUGCUAUACUCGGAUGUCUGCACCGAACUCUGGCAAUCCCCACAUGGAACAAGCUCAGAAACGGCGAGGAUGUGUCUCUCGAGUACGCUCUAGGAGCUUUUGACAUGUUCAUCCUCGACUCUGGCACCGGAGACUUUGACGACAUUUCGCGGAGCUUGAACAAUAUAGUCGGACGGAUGAAACGCCAGUACCCUAAUAUCCUCGAAUACACACCUCGAGAACGAGCCAUAAUGACGGCAGAAUACCUUCGAGAAAACAACCUCACAGGGAUCGAGUCCGGCAGGGAAUUCUAUAACAUCGAGCACAACUUCCUAGGCGCAGCCCUCACCAGCGAACGACACAACUCCCUGCCUCUGAUAUCAGCAGCCAUAUACUGCUAUGUUGCCCAGAGACUCGGCCUCGAUGCCCAUCCCUGUGGCUUCCCCUUCCAUGUUCAUGUUAUCAUCCGCCCGGAGCCCAACCAUGAUCUUGCUGGCAACCGGCUGCCAGACGGGGAAGAAGGUGACUUCAUGUACAUGGAUCCCUUCCGCUCGACAAGUGAGACUCCCCUCUCCGAGCUGCAGAGCCAGUUGAACUUCCUCGGCGCUCUCACUUUGUCGCAGUCAACAUUCCUCCGCGAGUCAUUCACUGCCGAGAUCGUGCUUCGAUGCGGCAAGAACAUCCUCAACUCCGUCCUGCAGACGCCGCACUUCCGCCAAUCUUCUCUCGACAUUGUUAAUGUCAAGUAUGCCGCUCUUUGGGCAUCCAUGCUCUUUGCCAAAUACGCAAACCCAGAUAGGCAGAACAUCCCCCAGGGACCCGAACGCCGACGAGCCGAACACUUGCCUCUUCGCCGUCAUCUGCCGUCUCUAAUGGAGCACUUUGCUACCGAUUUCCCUGCAGACGUCUAUCUGAUCGAGCAGUAUCUCAUCCCGCUGUUCCAGAGCCUUCCUGAAUACGACCAUCUGCGCGAGAGUGUCAGUGUAAUGAAGGCCAGUGACGAGAUACCAAAGCAGGUUCGACAAAGGAGCUCGGUCAACGGCAAUGUCAAGUACAAAGUUGGACAACUCUUCCGGCACAAGCGGUACGAGUACAUCGGCCUAAUCACUGGCUGGGACCCUGAGUGCGGCGCGGGAGAACAAUGGAUGGAGCGUAUGGGAGUUGACCGUCUCCAUGCCGGACGCCAUCAGUCUUUCUACCAUGUCUUGGUCGAAGAUAAAAGCGUACGCUAUGUCGCGGAAGAGAACAUCGAGAUAUGCGAGCUCGAGGCCUCUGAGGUGCCAGAUGCCUUCUUCAACUUUGCCGGCAAAUACUUCAAGCGUUGGGACAUUGAAACCCGCCGCUUCGUGAGCAACAUUAGCGACGAAUACCCUGACGACUAG